AUGUUUUAUCCUAACGAAUUGGCUUACUUCAAGAAAACAAAUUUCGAACAUCCCAAGGGUUUGCUGAAAUUUAAAGAUUGUUAUGACGAUCCCCUGCAACCGCUAACAAAACGACAAGUUGAGAAAAGAAUCAUACGACGUAUGUUUCAAUUUUGUCAGAAUUCCAUAAAUGGUGUAUAUCAUAUUUCUGAGCCGGGCCUAAGACCCAGUGUUCGGUUAUUUUGGUGUGUGGUCGUAGUGGCCGCCAUAAUUGGCUGCGCGAUGUCCUACAUUGAUUUAACCAAACGGCUGCAGGAUGAAGCGCUUGUCACCGUCGUAGAGACAUCACAUCUGCCAAUUCAUGAAAUUCGUUUUCCUGCCGUAGCCGUGUGUCCCCUUAAUCGCGUGAAUUGGAUGCGUUACAAGGCGGCCGAGGAGAAAUUUCUGCCGCGCUACACAGCAAAGGAGGCUAAGAAUGCAUUCUAUAAUUUGACAGUGUUGUUGGAACGUAUGACUUUUAGUGGUCUCGAAGCUAUAGAGGAUUUUUUGAACUCACAACAUAUACCACGGUCUGUUCGGAAUAUUGUUCUGUCUCGGGUGGCACAAUAUUUGGCAUUUCGUUGUGAUGAAAUUUUCCGUUGGUGCAUUUACGACAAGACAAAACAUGAUUGUUGUAAAAUUUUCAUUCCCGAACAGACGGAGAAGGGUAUAUGUUUGGUGUUCAAUUCUGUCGUAUCGAAGGAGUCGAAAAUAAAACAGCUGACGGACAGCUUUUAUCCCUGGAGAGCUCGAUCGAGCGGUGAAGGUUCCGGACUAUCAUUUAGAUUGCGAUAUAACAGCAGUCUCGUAAGACCUGGAUCCACCGUUCCCUUUGCAUUCAAUGUAAUUAUAAAAAGACCUGGCGAAUGGAGUAAUUCUUUAUAUCAAAUUUUGCAUGCGAAUACCCAUAAUAAUAUGAUGGUAACACCAAUAAUAACUGAAACAUCGCGAAAUACUCGUCACAUUAAUCCAGUAAAACGAAAAUGUUUAUUUCCGAACGAAAUAUCUACCAAAUUUGAUCGAAUUGAAGGCUUAGCAUUUAACAAGCUGAAUUGUCGCGUUCAAUGCGAGCAGAGACAUUUAAUAAAUACCUGCAACUGCACUACGUCCAUGUUCUUCCCGGGUGUAUCUCAUAAAGCCGAUAUGGAAUGUAAAGUAUCGGAUUUAAGGUGCAUUUAUGACAACAGGGACAUUUUCAGUUACAUUAAAGGCUCGCGACAGGAUAAUUACAUCAAUGACACACGUCGCGGCAUGAUCUGCGAUUGUCUAAAUAGCUGUGAGGCACUGAUGUUUUUGGUGAAAUUGAAUGUCCUGCCACUGGUAAAUGUUAAUGAAAGCUUCCCGGAAAUAUCAGCGGAGGUUUAUUUUGCCGAAGAAACAAUGACCAAGUACUCUGCCCGUUUGCAAUACACCUAUAUGGAUUUGAUAUCGAAUUACGGCGGCGUCCUGGGCCUAUGUUUGGGUGCUUCAGUAUUAAGUAUUUUUGAGAUAUUUUAUGCAGUUAUUAGAGCUAUUUUUAUAUUUGGUUUAUAUAAAUUAACAAAUCGCCGAAAGAGACGACAGGUUAAUGUUGUGAAAGUCAAGAAAAAAGAAGAUGAAGGACAAUUUGUGGAAUAA